CACCGACAUAUUAGAGUAAGGUGAGGUAGACACCCUCACGUCAUAAACACUGAAAGAAAUGGCACGAACCCGAAAUGUCGGAUCAUUGUUCGUACAAUAUGCAUUCCUCGUCUCUGGUAUCUUGAAAGGUGCUUCGGCGGCUCUAGAUGGCUUGUGCCCGCCAUUGGGAGCAGUGUUGCCAGCACCAAAGGCGCCCAGCUCCAGCUUGCAUGUGCAAACCGCAGCAGCAUUUCUCAAGGAAGCAUUACAGAAUGCUACUGCUUCAAUUAAUGGCUCCGCAAUAUCGUUUGGCAUCCAGUCAAUCCAUGAGGCCAAACCUAUAGUUGAGUUUCACUAUACUCCACCGGAAUCUGGGGCAAAUGGAGUAAAAGAAGUGAAUUCGAACACUGUUUAUCGAUUAGCAAGCACAUCGAAACUAUUUCCUGUUCUUGCCCUCCUAAGGACGGAGGGCAUGGAUUUGAGCGACACAAUCACCAAGUGGCUGCCCGAGCUUCGAGGUUUGAACAAGCAGGCUCGUAAGCCGAAUCCAAUCUGGACCGUGGAUUGGGAUGAAAUUACCCUUGGAGCACUGGCGUCUCAUCUCGGCGCGCCAUCAGACCUGGUACUCGACAUAAGCACAGAUUCUGAUGGGAACUGGACAGGUCUUGGUUUCCCAGAGCUUCCAAACUCGUUACAGCUAAACUGCUCAUUAAAGGGAGAGCCAGCGUGUCCUGAGACGUUGUUUUGGGACCUUUUCGGUCAACGACCACCUGUCUAUGCUCCCUUCAAAGUUCCAGUAUACUCUAAUAUUGCUUUUGCACUUAUAAGCUGGGCUGUAGAGGUGGCAGCAAAUGUCACGUUCUCCGAAUACGUUCGUGAAACUAUCUGGAAGCCGACUGGGAUGCUCCACACAUUCGCAAGCCAACCGAAUGACAGUCUCGGAGCCAUUCCCACUGAUGAUACCUGGUGGAAGGCUACCGUGGGUCUUGAGAAGGCUGCUGGUGACUAUUACUCGAGUACUUCAGAUAUGCUUGCGUUUGGCAUUUCCAUCUUGAAAAACGAACAACUUUCGCCAGUAAACACACGUCGCUGGCUGAAGCCAGUCUCUUCGACGUCAGCCUCUAAUCUUUUGCUUGGCACACCCUGGGAAAUCUAUAGAUUCACUAAUGAAACGAAGGGUGGCCGGCUGAUUGAGCUGUACACGAAGAUGGGUAAUCUCUUUCAUUACAACUCAAACUUUGUCCUCAUACCAGACUACGACAUUGUGCUUCAGGUGUUGACCGCCGGCCCCGAAACAUCUGGAGGGACCGUGCUGGGUAUCACGACAGCUGCGCUCAGGACGCUUUUACCGGCACUGGAAGAAGCGGGCAAGGAAGAGACAAGAUUGUCCCAUACGGGUACAUACAGCGAUCCCGUUUCUAACUCUUCCAUAACUUUAUCCUUAGAUGACGAAGAGCCGGGCAUUCGAGUAUCCGAUUGGACAGUUCGCGGUGUUGAUGUGCUUGAAACGUGGCCAACAAUCGGCACCGCAUUCAUUGGUGGCCCGCCUGAACAAGACAUGGUGAGAGUGAGGUUGUACCCCACCGGGCUAGAAACGGAGAAACACGACUCCUGGAGGGGAGUCUUUACUUUCGGGACCCCCGAAGAAUUGGAAUUUGCAGAUUCGCUUUUCAUGUGGCCCAUGGCUACGUGUAAUACUUGGGCCCAAAUGGACAGGGUCCAGUACGGUCUUCAGUCGCAAGAUCAUUUCAUAUUCACCAUGGACAAGGGAGAAGCUGGAAAAAUUGCAACCUCGAUAGAGCUUCCUGCGUACCGGGUAACAUUACAAAGACAAUCGUCCGCGGUUCAGCCCGAAACUGAUGGGUCUCAGAGGCCUUUGACGGGCUAGUGCUACAAUGCAUUAAGAAUCCUGCCCUCAUGGACAAUGGGCGGAUGUCUUUCCAUAUUCUUCACCCUUACAUAGGAGUCUCAAUGAGACAGGAUACGGAGAUCAAUUUAUUAUCGGCAACAGAACACUGAUCGGCUCUACUCCAUCUUCUUAUAUCCAGC